AUGGGCAUUGAAGACAGAAGUGUUCGAAGACGUAUAGCUGCUGCUCUUGCUCACUUGUGUUCCCUUGAUGAUUGUAAAACUAUUUUCGUUGUUAAUCAUGGACUGGAAUUGCUUUUGGAUCUUCUCAAAUCUUCAAUUCCAUCUCAAUUGAUAACUGCUUCUGUAGCCCUUCUCCAGUUGGCUACCAAAGCCGCUGUUUCUCCUAUGGAUGUUGUUUCAGCAACCGGCCAGGUGUUACGCGGUGAAGAAAACUUGAACAAUCCUGCAAAUUAUGAUGUUGUGUUUUUAGUGGAAGGUAUGGUUGUGGACCAAGUGGAAAGUGGAGCUGAAGAUGAAGAGAUACCGAUACAAGAUAUUAAAUGGGACGUGUUUGAAUCAAUGAUGAGAUUUAUAUACACAGACCAACUCAAUGUGAAUUUGAGUAUUGCUCUGGAUCUAUUGAAAGUGGCUGAUCAAUUUCUUUUGGAUGGUCUUAAGUGUCAAUGUGAGAAGGUGAUUUCUGCGUUUCUUUCCUUGGACAAUGUUGUACAAACCUUCAACCUAUCAGGGCUUUCUAGGGCUACAAGAUUAAGAGAUGAGUGCAUAAUGUUUGUCCUAAAGCAAAUUCAGGAGUUGAGCCCGAGUGAUGUCAAACCCUCGCAUUAUAACGCGGUUCAUUCCAUGUUAGCAGCCAUGCCCACACUUUUCAUGGAUUUACUAACCAGAGCAUGAUCCUGAGGAGCCGUAGAUUUUUAAACAUUAGGAAAAGUGGAAAAUGAUUUGAAAUGUUAGACGUAUUUCAUUGGUGAUGUUCUCAGGAAUUAUAGACAAAACACCGAUAUUGUCUGACUGCCUGUGUCUAUUUGAAGGACCAACUUUGCUAUUUGAAAGUGGCAUGUCACACAUGGCAUUUCUAGAUCAUUAUA